AUGGCCGGUAAAGGGAAAAAUCUUGGUUCAAAUGCUAAAAGAAGAUCUCGUAGCAGCAAAGCUGGCCUCCAAUUUCCAGUGGCUCGUAUUGCCCGAUUCCUCAAAGUCGGGAAGUAUGCCAAACGUGUUGGUGCCGGAGCACCGGUAUUCCUUGCUGCUGUGCUUGAGUACCUUGCAGUUGAGGUGCUUGAAUUGGCUGGAAUUGCAGCGAGGAAUGACAAAAAGACUCGGAUCAUUCCAAGGCACAUUCAGCUAGCUAUUAGGUUUGAUAAAGAGCUGAAUCAAUUUCUUAGAGAUGUGACCAUUCCGAAUGGUGGUGUUAUUCCAAGAAUUCACAACAUUUUUCUGCCUAACAACAAGAGUAACACUUCAAAGGCCGUUGCUGAUGCUGCUCACGAGGAGGAGGAUUAA